AUUAAAAAUAGCGAUUCCGUAUCACAUUGGGUGAGGCAGGUUACCGGAAGGUAUAAUCGAAUUAAAAAUCGAAAAGAUGGGUCCAGUGAGUGGUUGGGCUGGCUGAGGACACGGCGAUUCAGAAAGUUCGCAGUUAGUUGGGGGAAUUGUUCAUGCUACUUUGUAUGCCUUAUUUGUUAUUUACUACUUUUUUGGAACAUAUUCUUGUUGGAAACGCAUACACUUCAGUUGGUUGUGUUGCGCUGCCUAUGUUAAAGAAAAUGAAGGAUUAUCGUAUGCGAGGAGUGGUCGGACACCUUUUCAACAGAUGGGUGGUCUUGUCUGUUCCUGGAACUCCAGUCGGCUGUCUCCAGUGCGGAUCAUCCGGGUAGUUCUUGUUGUUGGUUCAACGGACCCUGUUCGUGGCAUAGUUGGCGGGGAUGUCAUCUUGCCUUGUUUCCUGAGACCUACCACGAGUGCUGUUGAAGAGUCCGUAGAGUGGCAGAGACCAGUCCUAGAGCCAAAAGAGGUGCAUUUGUACCGAGACCGUAGUGAUGACAAUGUGAUCCAGUAUCCAUCCUACAGUGGAAGGACGUCACUGUUCAGGGAAGAACUGGAGAACGGCAACGUCUCACUAAAGCUGACCAAUGUGAAACUCUCUGAUGCUGGAAAUUACACAUGUUACAUACCAACGUUAGGCCACCAGAAAACCACCAUUGAACUCUAUGUCGGCGAGGACGGGACUCCUUCAUCCUCCCUCCAACCCACCCAACCGCCCCUGAAAGACCAAUCAGGGAAAGUCAGGGGUGCAGCCCCUCGGCCAUGGCUUUCCAUUGUGAGAACCAAAGACAAGGAAGUGGUCCUGAAGUGUGAGGCUGAAGGUUUAGUCUAUAAGCCUGAGUUGGUGUUGCUGAACAGUAAGGGAACCAUCCUCCCUGCUGAUGAACCUACAGAGAGACCCAUGGAUUCCGAGGGCUUGUACACAGUGACACACUAUUUCACUGUCCAGAAGACUGCCACCAAUGUGUUCACCUGUCAAGUUCAACAGCUGGAGAUCAAACACAUGAGGAAGACACAGAUUCAUGUUCCAGACAAAAUGUUUCAUGAGGAAGCAGAGGACUUGGAAUGGAAAAUUGGAUUUGGAAUUGGAUGUGUUGUAGGGGGUGUUGUAGGGGGUGUUGUAGGGGGUGUUGUGGUGGGUGUUGUAGUUUUUCUGUUCAUGCGGAAAAACAACCCCAACAACGCCCUAAAACAGCACCCAGAAGAAAAAGCGAAAGAAACCAAUGACGGGUGUGCAGAUAGCGGGAUUCCCCUCCUCGAGGAACAGCAAUAAUGGUGUGUGUGUGUCACAACCUGGAAAACGGGACAGCCAACAUACAUUUGAUUGUUUCCACCAGCCACCCUUGGCGAUGUAAUGAGAGAGACACUUUUAUUACCUGCAGUGGAGUCACUCAACAUUUACCUUACAAGACAGUCGUGAAGAGUUAUGGUAUAGCAACUGCUUGGCAUCCGAACGCAAGACGCUACACAAGGUAGUGCGUACGGCCCAGUACACUACUGGGGCCAAGCUUCCUGCCAUCCAGGAUCUCUA